UUCCUCACUUUAUAUUCUCACAGCCAACACACACGGUGUCUUCUCUCGCGCAUUUCAAUUCCUCAAUCGAAUUCUUCGAUCUCCGAUUUAGGGUUUCACAUCGCCGAUGACUCUUUACCUUCCAACAGCAUCAUCGUUUUCAUCCGUUCGUCAUCGUUCUUGUGUUAUGAACCUAGGCAGACAUUGGUGUUCCUUCAAAACGUUCUUCCGUCACUGGACUUGACUCUCCCCUUUCUCUCUUCCAAUUUUAGGGUUUUCAAUUUCCUCUCUCUCUUAAUCUCAAUCUCUCUGUUUUCUUAUUCAAUUUCUCUUUCCUUGCUCUAGUGACGCUCUUGAUUCCAUUCUGAAAUACUAAUAAUCGGUUACGAGGUUUCGGUUGUGUUUUUAACGACUGAGGUUGUUUGUUGGAUGUACUGUAACAAACAAACAACCUCAGUGGGGAUUUUUAAGGUAGUUUGAAUUGAAGCGAGAAUUGUUUGUUUUUGUUAUUGAUUUGAUUCGAUUUUGAUGGCUAUACCGAAAUUGAUUCCUGGGUUUCGAUUCCAUCCUACUGGAGUUGAAUUGAUUAAGUACUUUCUAAAAAGGAAAGUCAUGGGAAAAAAGUUUCAUGCUGAUGUCAUUGCUGAACUUGACAUCUACAAGUACGCACCUUGGGAUCUCCCAGAUAUGGCUUAUCUGAAAAAUGGGGAUUUGGAAUGGUACUUCUUCUGUCCGAUCGAGAAGAAGUAUGGAAGUGGGGGGAGGUUGAAUCGAGCUACUGAAAUUGGGUUUUGGAAAGCUACUGGUAAGGAUAGAGCUGUUCAACACAAUAAUCAUACUGUUGGGAUGAUAAAAACUUUGGUGUUUCAUACUGGAAAAGCACCUCGUGGAGAUCGCACGGAUUGGGUUAUGCAUGAGUAUAGGCUUGAAGAUAAGGACCUGGCUGACAAAGGAAUUGUUCAGGAUUCAUAUGUGAUCUGUAGGGUAUUUCAGAAGGAAGGUCCCGGUCCCAACAAUGGUGCACAAUAUGGAAAACCAUUUAUUGAAGAAGACAGUGAUGAUGAAGUGGGAAUACCUUUUGUUGAGUCGACUGCGCUUGUUCCCAGUUUGCCUGUUAGUUAUGUUACGAAUGACCAGAAUCUUCAAGCUCAUAGAUGUAGUGGUUCAAUAUCCAUGCAAUGUCAAUCAGGAUUGAUGCAUUCUCCCAUUCCUGUGAAUUCCUGUCACACAGGAUUGAUUCCUUCUCCAGAUCCUGCGAAUUCAUGUCAAACUGGAUUGAUGCCUUCUCCCGAUCCCAUGAGUUCAUGUCAAACUGAAUUGAUGCCUUCUCCCGAUCCCGUGCAUUCAUGUCAAACUGGAUUGAUGCCUUCUCUCAAUCCUGCGAAUUCAUGUCGAUCUGGAUUGAUGCUUUCUCCCUAUCCUGUGAAUUCAUGUCAAACUGGAUCGACGCCUUGUCACGAUCCUGUGAAUUCGUGUCAAACUGGAUCGACGCCUUGUCACGAUCCUGUGAAUUCGUGUCAAACUGGAUCGACGCCUUGUCACGAUCCUGUGAAUUCAUGUCAAACUGGAUCGACGCCUUCUCCCGAUCCUGUGAAUUCCUGUCAAACUGGAUCGAUGCCUACUCUCAAUCCCAUGAAUUCAUGUAUAACUGGAUUGACGCCUUCUCCAGACCCUGCAAAUCAUUCAUAUCCAGGCAAUCAAGCUGUUAAUAAUGAUGAUGAUAUUAUAUCAAUGCUUGAUAUUUUCAAAGACGACAACACAUUGCCUGAGGAAAAUAUUGCUGAUGGUGCACCUAUAAGUGACUUUUUUGAGGGUUUGGGAGACCUGGAUUGCACGACCGCAUUUGGAUCCUUUUACCAGAAUGCUGACUUUAGCUCAGACGGAAUGGGCUUGAUAGAUCUAGACUCUGAGCUGUUCUGGUAGAGUCCAAAUAAAUAAAUAAAUUAGGCCUCCUAUGCGUGAGACUAAUAUUUGAGCACUAUUGCAACCAGUGAUUCGAUCAUUGUUGAUUUAGGUGUGCUUAAGUUCUUUUUACAUUUUGUAGUACUUAAUAAAUUUAAUAGCUGAAGUAUCUUCAGUAACAUAUUAUUCUUGGUGUUUGAUGUCUUCAUCAUGAUCAAUGAUUUUAUCUUCAAAUUGUUGAACUAAUGUUACUGUCUAGAUUGAUAUAUGGAUGUAAACUUUCAUUGUUUUAUUUUGAAUUCAAAAAUUGGUCUAUUGAAAA